GAUGCUUUGCGCUUUUGCUGGAGUCGGUCGUUUUAGAAGUGUCCCUUUCCUGUCGCGAGUUGCGUGGAGUCAGCUCGCGGGUCUCCGAGACUCGAGAACUUGAGAACUUCUUUGCGUCCGGGGGAUUGCGCCCCGCGGCUCGGCGGCCGUAAUCAUGCCACAAAACGAGUAUAUUGAGUUACACCGUAAGCGCUAUGGAUAUCGUUUGGAUUACCAUGAGAAAAAGAGAAAGAAGGAAGGUCGAGAAGCUCAUGAACGUUCAAAGAAGGCAAAAAAGAUGAUUGGUCUCAAAGCUAAGCUCUACCAUAAACAGCGCCAUGCUGAGAAGAUACAAAUGAAAAAGACUAUCAAGAUGCAUGAAAAGAGAAACACCAAACAAAAGAAUGAUGAAAAGACUCCACAAGGAGCAGUACCUGCCUAUCUACUGGACAGAGAGGGACAGUCCCGAGCCAAAGUACUUUCCAAUAUGAUUAAACAAAAACGAAAAGAGAAAGCGGGAAAAUGGGAAGUCCCUCUGCCCAAAGUUCGUGCUCAGGGGGAAACAGAGGUAUUAAAAGUUAUUCGAACAGGAAAGAGAAAGAAGAAAGCAUGGAAGAGGAUGGUUACUAAAGUCUGCUUUGUUGGAGAUGGCUUUACUCGAAAACCACCUAAAUAUGAAAGAUUCAUUAGGCCAAUGGGCUUACGUUUCAAGAAGGCCCAUGUAACACAUCCUGAACUGAAAGCCACCUUUUGCCUGCCAAUACUUGGUGUAAAGAAAAAUCCCUCAUCCCCACUUUAUACAACUUUGGGUGUUAUUACCAAAGGUACUGUCAUUGAAGUGAAUGUGAGCGAGUUGGGCCUUGUGACACAAGGAGGCAAGGUUAUUUGGGGAAAAUAUGCCCAGGUUACCAACAAUCCUGAAAACGAUGGAUGCAUAAAUGCAGUCUUACUGGUUUGACAGUAGUUUCAUACAAGUAACUCCUUAUAAUUAUUGAAGACUAUGCACCAAUCAGGAAAACCAUCUUUACCUGUGAUGUUUCUGAGUACUACCAAACAGGUUACAUGUCUGUACUCAUUGACCUAUUUAUUUUAUUGUAAAGAACAUUAAAAUGGUCCAGUUUUAUAAAUUGGUCUUUAUUUUGGGGUCUGUUUAAUGUUUAGAUGUUCAUGAAAUGGAAUAAUUAAAAAGCAGUUAUAGAAA